CCAGGUUGCGCAUGCGGCUCCGGGACUUUUUCCGACAUCACCCGCCCUCCCUCUCCCCAUCACCCGGGAUCCUGGAAACUACAACUCCCACAAAGGUAUGCGGCUGGGGCGGAGGUAGGGCAACUACGCCCCUUCCCAUUGGCUCAGAGUCCGGGAGUAGUCUAUUGGCUACUGGAGCAGGCAAGAAGGGAAUCACGGGCUCGGAUUGGUGAAGUCUGAAGGCAGGAGUAGUACCGGAAAUAGUGGCGAGGCUGGAGGGGAGACCCACGUGGAGCGUCCGGGCUACCCAGUGCAGUCCUGGAGCUGACCCCAGGCUCGGACCCGAGGCCUGGCGAUCCCUACUGAAAGGGGUGACAUGGAAGACGCUUUCAGCAGCCCAGCAGGGGCCGCGCUGCAGCGGGAGGCUGGGGUUCCGGAACCACUGACGCCCCUCACGGAACUGGGCCGCACUUACGAGCUGGAGCGGGUGCAGGCCUUCGUGCUGGAACACGAAGCCAAGCGGGUGGCCUUGCAGUUCCCCGAUGAACUCCUUGGAGACAGUGUGGCUGUAGCUCGGGCACUGGAGGAGAUGACAGGAGCCAAGAUGUUUGUUCUGGGGGACACAGCCUAUGGCAGCUGCUGUGUGGAUGUGCUGAGGGCUGAGCAGGCUGAAGCCGAUGCCCUGGUCCACUUUGGCCCUGCCUGCUUGAGUCCGCUUUCCUGCCCCCUGCCUGUCAUCUAUGUCCUUGGCCAGCGUCCGGUGGCCCUGGAGCUGUGUGCAGAGGCCUUCAGAGCCCUGCACCCCAACCCUGCAGAGCCUGUGGUGCUGCUGAGUGAGACAGCCUGUGCCCAUGCCCUGGAAGCCUUGGCUGCUCUCCUUCGCCCACGGUAUGAGGACAUCCUGGUCUCCCUCCCAGCUCUGCCCACUACUGCCCCAGGCUGGGACCACCCACCGUUGGAGCGUUUUGGCCGCUUUUUCCCACUGGGCCCUGGUCGUCAGCUGGAGAACUAUGGUGCCUUUUAUGUGGGGGGCUCUGAGAAUGGGGACAAUAGCGGAGCUGAGGUGAGCCCAGACCUGCUCCAGCUGCUCCUGGGCUGGGCCCCCAGCCGCCCCUUCUCAUCUUGCCUGCCAAGCUCUGGACAGGCCCGAGCAGAGGGCCCCCGGGCAGUCCGAGCCAGAGCGCGGAGCCACUAUCUGGUGGAACGGGCACGGGAUGCCCACGUGGUGGGACUGCUGGCAGGUGCUCCAGGAGGGGCAGGGCACUGUGAGGCUCUGGCCUACCUUCGGAAACUGGUGCAGGCCGCUGGCAAGCGGGCCUAUGUCCUGUCGCUGGGCCGGCCCAGCCCUGCCAAGCUGGCCAACUUCCCAGAGGUAGAUGUCUUUGUGCUGCUGGCCUGUCCCUUGAGGGCACUUGACCGAUGCCAGAGUGGUGCCAGCAGAGGGCUCUUCCGGCCGCUGCUCACCCCCUAUGAGCUGGAAGCUGCCUGCAAUCCAGCUCGGGGGCCACUGGGGCUGGGCCCCUACCUGACUCACUAUUCUGACCUGCUGCCAGGCUCCCCCUUCCACGUGCCAAUCCCACCCCCUGACUCUGAGCUAUGGGGUACACCUGAUGUGUCACUCAUCACUGGAGAGCUGCGUGUAUCACAGGCCUCAGCCUCGUCAGACGUCCCCGACGUCCUAGAGGCCUCGGUCCUGAGCCAGCGGUCCCGGCUUGAGCUUGCUGAGAGCAGUCCAGCAGGUAAGCCCAGUGUGUGCCCCUCCCCCAGCCCAGCUCCCCAGAUCCUCUGGGAGCCUUGGUCAGUGAGUGGGAGGUGUCUAGACCCCUGGCUGACCCUCUUCUUUGUCCCCUCCCAGCUUUGUUCCUUGGUUCUCGUACUUGGCGGGGGUUGGAACCUCAGCUAGGCCAGACAGCACCAGUGCGAGCGGUAGCAGGGAGACGAGGCAUCCCCAUUGCCUAUGAGGAUGAGCCUGGCAGCUGAGGAACCCUCAGUGGCAGAUGAGACUCCCAGAAAAGACCUUGGCACUCCUUGAAAGAGCAGAUCCCAAGUGCCAGCGGCCAGUCCCGCUGGAGUAAGCAGGCUCAGGCCGGACUGUCCUCCCUGGCUGACUUCAGAUACCUCUGCCCUCUGAGCCGUUACUGAUGACUGAACACAAGGGGGAGGGGAAGGAACAAGCAUUUAAACAGCACCUACUGUGUGUGAGGCAGUGGGCUGAACACCGUUACCAAUAGCUCCUGGGAUCCUCCUAAUAUCCCUGGGGGGUUAUCCCAGUUUUAUAGAUGAGGAAACUGAGGCAGGCAGAGGUGAAGUGGCUUGCCCAGGGUCACACAGCUCAUAAGUGUCUGAGGCCAGAUAUGGACUCUUGUCUUCCUGACUCCAGACUCAGCGCUCUAUCCACUGUGCCCACCUAGCUAAUAGGGGGUCCAAGAUCAAGGUGACCCCCAAAACCGAACACUGUCCCUUCAGCUGCUGCUGUCUCUGUGUUCUGCCCUCCUGGUGUCUCAGGGGCUCUGUCAGCACACAAAUGGCAUUGAUUAGGCACCUGCUGUAUACAAUAUGUCAGGCCCUGUGCUGAAUGUGUAAAGCAUGGUAAGGCCGGAGUCCCUCCCCCUUUGCCCUCAGUGGGAGAAAUGGACAACAUGGACCGGAGACGGUCUGAGCUGCAGGGGAUUUUGAGGCAUCCAGGCCACCCUGCACCUUAACACCAGGUGUGGAAGAGGGACAUUCCUGCCCCAGUCCCUGAAGCUGCCCAUGUCUUUGAGGGAACCACUGUAUUGGUGAGGGGGAUUCUCGUGCAGGGACAAAAUCAGCCUCUUGUGUGGAGUUGGGGGGAAGGAAGGUCCAGUUGAGUGUAUUAGAUAUUUAAAAAGAAAAGCAACCUGGUAAACUAGGCAAGAGCCCCAUUCUCAGGUUAUCUUUUUCCUGUUCUACCAUGUUCUUGGAAAUGCCCAUUUUAUUCAUCAGGUUCAGAAUAAAAAAUGUUUUCUUUAAAAA